AGUAUAUCAGCAACCGUCGUCCCCCACUGCACGUACACCACUCCUCUCUCUCUCUCUCCCUUCUCUCUCUAGUCCACUGUUUAUACCCCAAUUGUUUCUGCAAUUUAUCAAUUUAAAUUCAAUUUAGGUUAGUUGCAUAUAUAUUGGUCUCUGUAUCUUCUCUCUCUAUUUGUUCUUCAUCAGCCUCUUUUUUGCUCAGUCUCUUCCAGGUUUUGUCGCCAUUUUUUUUUUUUUUUUUUUUUAAUCUUCUGGGUUCAUGAAAUUCUCCCGUUUUAUCAACUGAGUCGGUAUCUGAAAUGCUAAUCUCUGCCUCUAAACCAUUUCAAUUUCUCCUCCUAGUCACACAUUGAUCGAAUAUGAUCAAGAAGAAGCCUAAUUCACCCGACCUCUUCUUCUUCAUUAGAACCAGAAAACCAUUCACUGCUUGCCCUUUUCCACUGGAGCCUCCAAGUCCCUCAGUCUCACCUAUCACUCAAGACCACAAAAGUCUCUGCCUUUCAUUAGCAGACCAGCUCAUUCGUCGUGGCUUAUUAUCAUCUGCGCAAAAAGUCAUCCAGCGAAUUGUAUCACAAUGUUCAUCAGUUCCGGAUGCAAUUUCGGCCGUUGAUUUUGCCAUGGUGCGAGGCAUGGAGCUUGACUUGUGUAGCUAUGGUGUCCUUAUACGGAAACUUGUGACUUCUGGUGAAACCAAGAUGGCUGAGUUCCUAUAUAGAGAUAACAUUUUACAUAGAGGUAAGGAUUCUGAUCCAUCGAUAUUGAAUUCAAUGAUUAUUUGUUAUUGUAAGUUAGGACAAUUGGAGGAAGCAAAAUCCCAUUUUGGUAGGCUUAUUUUAAUGAAAUCCAAGCCUUGUAAAGGUGCGUGCAAUGUGCUCCUUCGGGAUCUUUGUGCCCAUGAUAGAUUCUUGGAGGCAUUCGAUUGCUUUAUAAGGAUCAAUGAUGCUGGAACUUCUAUAAGUUGUUGGUGUUACAAAAUGCUGAUCGAUGGAUUAUGCUUUAGUGGGUACUUGGAUGAGGCCCUUGAUGUGUUUGAUAUAAUGUGUGAUAGAGGGAUGCCACCUACUGGACAUUUGUACAAAUCACUAGUUUAUGGUUUUUGUAAGAGAGGUCGGGUUGAGGAGGCCGAGUUGCUGAGUAUAGAAAUGGAGUCCCAAGGUCUAUGUCCAGAUAAAAUUAUGUACACUUCUCUUAUUUUUGAGUAUUGCAAGAGCAAGAAAAUGAAAAUGGCUAUGCGGUUAUUUUUUAGAAUGCUCAAAACGAGGUGUGACCCAGAUACGUAUACUUAUAACACACUAAUACACGGGUUUGUUAAUUUGGGUAUGUUUGAUAAAGGGUGGCUGUUACAUAAUCAUAUGGCUGAAACUGGGAUAGAACCUGAUGUAGUAACUUACCAUAUUAUGAUUAGUAAGUACUGCAAGGAACAGAAAGUUGAUUGUGCUUUGAUGCUUUUAAACAAUAUGACUCAUGGCAAUAUCACUCCCAAUGCGCACUAUUACACAGUCUUGUUGGCUGCACUUCAUAAAGAGAACAGGUUUGUUGAGGCUGAUGAAUUAUUCAUCAGGAUGGUAAAAACUGGGGUUGUUCCUGAUCAUGUACUGUAUUUUACUCUUAUCAAGGAGUACCCAAAUGGGAAAGAGCUUCAUCUUGCUCUCAUGAUUUUGCGGGCAAUAGCCAAGAAUGGCUGUGGUAUUGACCCUCCACCUCUCUCGACCUGUGCUACUUCUGAUCCUACAACUGAUUUGGAGCUUGGCAUUGAGCAUCUGUUGGGGGAAAUUGGGAGAAGAAACUCGUAUUUGGCUGACAUUGCUUUCGGUGUAUAUAUUAUUGCAUUGUGUGCCCGAGGGAAAACAGAUGUUUCUUUGCUUUGGAUGGAUAAAAUGGAAAGUAUCGGAUGCCAGCCUUUGCUUUCAACUUAUAACUCCGUGAUCAAGUCUCUUUGCCAGGAGGGGCUUCUUGAUGAUGUCAAGUCUCUGAUUGACCUCAUGCAAGACAGGGGAAUGGUUCCGAAUCUAGCAACUUACCUGAUAUUGGUAAGUGAAAACUGUAAGCGUGGUAACUUUGCAUCAGCUUUUAAUGUUCUGGACCAAAUGGAUGAAAUGGGAGUGAAGCCUAGUGUUGCUAUUUAUGACUCAAUUAUAGGUUGUUUAAGCAGAAAAAAAAGAAUAUUUGAAGCAGAAGAUAUGUUUAAGAGGAUGCUUGAGGAUGGUGUUGAUCCUGAUGAAGUCAUCUGUGUCACAAUGAUUAAUGCCUACUCCAAAAAUGGGAAAGCUAAUGAAGCCCACCAACUUUUUGAGAAGAUGGUAGAACAUGGUAUUCUUCCCAAUUCUCAUGCUUACACGGCACUUAUAAAUGGGCUAGUGAAGAAAAACAUGACUGAGAAAGGUUGCCUAUACCUUGAUAGAAUGUUGGAAGAUGGUUUUAUGCCUAAUAGGGUGCUUUAUACCUCUCUUAUCAAACAAUUCUUGAGGAAAAGAGAGUUGGAAUUUGCCUUUAGAUUGGUUGGUUUGAUGGAAAAUAGUCAGAUUGAGCAUGACCUGAUUUCUUGUAUUACAAUGCUCAGUGGUGUUUGCAGAAAUAUUUCAUGUGCAACAGGAACAUGGCACAUGGCACAUCGGAAGUCUGAAAGGGAAAAAGAAAUGUUGUUCCAUUUGCUCCAGCGGAAAAGUUUGGUGCCCAUGAAAGAUAGUUUGAGAAUUUCAAUUAGUUCUUUUGAAGAAAAAAGUUUAUUUGCAUUGAAGUUGAUGCAAAAAGUUAAAGCCUCAAGAUUUAUGCCGAAUUUGUACCUAUAUAAUGCUAUGAUAUAUGGGUCUUGUUGGGCGAAUAGGAUGCAAGAUGCAUAUGGUCAUCUUGAAUUGAUGCAAACAGAGGGGGUAGUUCCCAAUCAGGUGACUUUCACUAUUCUCAUUGAUGGGCAUAUGCGAUUAGGUGAAACAGACUGUGCCAUUGGGUUGUUCAAUAAGAUGAAUGCAAAUGGUUGUGCUCCAGACAGAAUUGUCUACAGCACCUUGAUACGAGGCCUUUGUAGGGCUGGAAGACUACUCGAUGCAUUGUCACUCUCACAUACAAUGCGUAAACGAGGGUUUUCUCCUUCCAAGAAUUCUUAUGAAUAUUUACUCAGUGGUCUUUGUGCUGGUGGUUCGAGUGUUCAUGCCAUGAGGAUUUGCGAAGACAUGCUUGCCCAUGAUUUUGUACCUUGCCGAUAUAAUCGUAACUGGUUGCUUGGGAUAUUAUGCGAAGAAAACAAAUUGCGUGAAGCCGUAAUGAUACAUGAUAUGAUUCUGACUAGAGGAAAUUUUCUAUAUGAAUCUACACAGAGGCUUCUGACAGAAUCAUGCUAUAGGCAAAGAGAACUGGAACUGAUCUCAUGAUUGAAGGAAAAUUGUUGUGCAUGCUGAGGAUAACACAAAGUUUUCCAUUUUGCAGUACAUCAUUGAGCUCGCAUGUCUGGGAUUUUGGGAAAUAUUAAAGCUUAUGAAUCCCUUCUGCAGGAUUGCUAAAUAGGCCUUGUUGUGCAUCUGACAACCAUCAGUUCUGCCUAGGUCUGGCUGGAAGAGUAUGGUGAAUGAUACAAAAAGACAAGUGAACAUGUAAUGAUUCCAUCAAAGAUAAAACAAUAGAAGUAAGGCCAUUCCAUUUUAACAACAGACCCACACCCUAGUUCCAUAGCUUUUGAUCGCUAUCCCCAAGGAUAUUUUUCUAAUCUCCGGAGGGAAAGGUGCUUUCCCUUCUGGGCAGUUGUGACAAGGAAUUGAAGCUUCCAAUAUUGGGCUAGGUAGCCAUGUGUUCUAGUCUUCUGAGCUACAGGUCCUACUUUUUCUCAGCUAAUGGAAAAAUGUAGUGGCUUGCCAUAGAUUCACAGCCUGCAGUGAAUUCUGCAAUGUUGAAGCAGACAAGUGAAGCCCAGAACCUACUUCCACCUGAACACGAAAUUCACUAUUAGAGACGGGUUUGUAAAAUUCAACGUGUAACACAAUCAAAAUUGUACAGCAAUCUAACCAGUGUGCGUGGAGGAAAAGUUCAAGUUCUUCAUAGAUCUGGUUCAGAAAGCUAAAGAACAAGCAGUGUGUAAGCAACCAAUGGUGAAGCUGUUAGCCAUGCACACAAUUAUGCCUUCCUCAUUCAUCAAAUCUGAUGACCGAGCGGCAAAGGCCCAUAUGUUUCAGAGCUGAAAGAGAACUUUGAUUGCUUUUUCUUUUCAUAUUCUUCCAGUGAUGCCAUUUCAGUUUUGUGCCUUCAAAUAUACAUACAAUCAAAUACGAAUAGAGAAGAAAUUUAUCGACGUGAGACCCUGUGCUCCAUAAGAAAUGAUGUGAAGGCAUUGCAUAAGCGAUCUAAAUGGCACAUGGUACAGGACGUGGCAUGGGAUGAAAUGACGCAAGAGGAUCCGGUUCCAUUUUUAGAUGCCGAGAUCCUUGACAUAGAUAAGUAAAUUGUUUGCCGCGGUUUUUGUUGAGGAAACAUGUUGGAAAUGAUUAUUCAGAAGAGAUACAUUGUGUGUGAUGUUAAUUAUAUUGCUGGUGAUACUUAUUUUCUUCUGUAUAAAUUAGCUCUUAGUUAGGCAGCAAAGGAAGUGAUGAUCUCUUGGCAUACCUAUUUUGCUUGUUAUGUGCCUAUACUAAUGUGUAGUUUUGUUGAA